AUGAUAUUCUCUCGUACUUUGAUUGUCGUCGCCUCGAUAGUCGGGCUGGUCAGCAGCCAAACUUGGACUGCCGUGAACAUCAGUGCCAUUGACCCCUCCACACGAAGCAAAUGGUGUCUCGAUCAGACCUCGUCCUGUCCCCUCCUCUGUCUCCAAAUCAAUGCCACUGGCGAUCCAAGUCAGAACGAGUGCGACUCUGAUUCUCUCUCUUACCAGUGUGUUUGUUCCAACGGCAUCUCUCCAAACACCUCCGAAUACUCUCAGACCAUUCCCUACUACCUCUGCACCGAGGCCAACAACGAGUGUGUUGACCGAUGCUCCGGCGCCGACUCGGCCUGUCAGUCUGCUUGUCGCUCUGAGCACCCUUGUGGAGCUCAAAAUCCCACGCGCCACAAUGUCACUACAACCAGUGCCACAUCGAACCCUACCAACAAUCCUGCUACGACCACGACUCUGGCCGCAUUCACAGGAGAGGCCACGAACAAGAACGCGGCAGUCAGGGUCUCGUCCGUUGACAUCGGCCAUGUGUAUGGUCUGUGUGUUGUGGUGGGUGGCUUCAUUGCUGGAUUCGCAGUGCUGCUGUAA